AUGGCCCCAGUCUACACCCUGGCCGAAGGGUGCCCCCAGCCUAGCAACGCAACCAGUGUCCAGUUGCGGAAUGGCUCCGGCGGAGGGCUCGUCCUGCUUCAGGACACACAGCUGCUCGAGACCUUGGCACAUUUUGCUCGCGAGCGAAUUCCUGAACGUGUUGUUCACGCGAAAGCAGCAGGCGCAUACGGCGAACUCGAAGUUACAGAUGACUGCUCCGACCUUACCUCGGCCAACUUCCUCAGCGCCAUCGGCAAGAAGACCAAGUGUCUUCUUCGCAUCUCGACUGUCGGGCCUGAGCGAGGAUCCGCUGAUACAGUUCGCGAUGUGCACGGUUGGGCGAUGAAGCUCUACACCGACGAUGGCAAUCUUGAUUUUGUAUUCAACAACACGCCCGUCUUUUUCAUCAGGGAUCCUGUCAAGUUUCCGUCUCUGAACCGGUCUCACAAGCGACAUCCCAAGACCAAUAUGCCGGAUGCUGAUAUGUUCUGGGAUUUCCACGUCGGCAAUCCUGAAGGCAUCCACGAGCUCAUGCAUCUGUUUAGCGACCGCGGCACUCCAGCUUCCCUCCGUACUAUGAAUGCCUACAGCGGCCACACUUACAAGUUGACCAAGGAUGAUGGUUCUUUCAGCUACAUCAAGAUGCACAUCAAGAGCCAGCUUGGCGUCAAGAACCUCGAUCGAAAGACCGCUACGAAAAUCGCGGGUGAAAACCCCGACCAUCUCGUACACGACCUCUUCGAAGCGAUCGAGAAGAAAGAAUAUCCGAAAUGGGACGUGUUUGUGCAAGUCAUGAGUCCUGAGCAGGCCGAGAACUACAAGUGGAACAUCUUCGAUAUGACCAAGGUCUGGCCACACGGGGACUUUCCUCUUCGCAAGAUUGCACAGUUGACCUUGAACGAAAACCCGCGCAACUACUUUACCGAUAUUGAGCAAGCUGCCUUCUCGCCUUCGACCAUGGUUCCAGGAUGGGCGCCAUCUGCUGACCCAGUGCUGCAAGCCCGCAUGUUCUCGUACCCCGACGCCGCCCGUUAUCGACUCGGAACAAACUACCAAAUGCUCCCAACCAACGCUGCAAAGUCUCCAGUGUACUGCCCAUUCCAGCGAGACGGCUUCAUGAAUUUUGGAACCAACUACGGCGACGACCCGAACUACAUCGGUUCCAUGCUCAAGCCCACCACAUUCAGGACGACAGCCGCUGGAGGGACGAUUUCGCCCACCUUUACCAACCACGAGAAAUGGGUUGGAGAGGUCUCCAACUUCACCACCACAGUCGGGCCUGAAGACUUUGAGCAGGCAACUGGGCUCUGGAAAGUUCUGGGGAGGGAUAAGGGGCAUCAGGAGAGAUUCAUUGACAAUGUUGCCGACAACAUCGCAAACGUCAAGAAUGACAAGCUGCGGAGCAUGGCUUAUGGCAAGUCGAGGCCACACGGGCUAAUCAUUGUAUUCUCGCUAAUUGAUUUUACCUGCAGAUCUCUUUUCACGGGUCGACUCGGAUCUGGGUGCACGCAUCCGCGAGGCAGUUGA